AUGACAGCGGCACAACAGAAUCGCCUUCAAGAACACUGGGUGCCUAAUGCUGCUUCUACAAUAUCGAUGGUAGUUGGUAUAUCCAACAAUAUUGAGCAGCAAACUCAAAUGGAAGAAUAUGAAUUUAAGCAGGCUAGGCACGCUAGAACGGACAGAAUGCUGACGAGAACUUUUGCGCCUCCUAAAUGUGCCGUGCUUUUCGACCAUUUGCGACUUGCACACUGGGGUUAUUUUGGUAUUCCGUUUGGAGUAACGCCCUGGUUUGAUAGACGUCUCUUGCCUACCACGGCUGAUGAGCCACAUGCUGUUCAUCUUCAUCGGGUGCUCAGUGCUCAUCUCGGGCUUUUAGAAUUGCACCGAGAUUUUGCACAAGAGGCCAUAAAGUCAGCAAAAGAGAGCGGCAUGACUGAACAAGCAGCCGAAACCUUCGCCUUACGGAAAGUUAUGCUAGACUUGGGAAAGGCAAUAGACCCGAAACAAACAGAUAUGGACAUUUUUGUCAAGGAAUUCGACUUGAGAAUUAAAUAUGCGAAGAGAAUUGCAAGCCUCGUUGAUGCGAUUGGCGUUACAGAGGUUCUUAUGAUCUCUUUCGAUGAAGACGAGAUUACGUUGCCCCAUGAUAUUCCAAAGCUUACUUCCCUUGAAACGGAUGAUGAUGAAUGGACAUACGUGCUCUCUCAACUUCUCAAUCCAUCUUUACAGCUAAAGGAGACAUGCCUUCGGCUGUCUGGAAUCGUCCAUAUGAUACAAGAGUUGGAUGGGAUGGGAAAUUCUGGACUCAGGACUUUCUUGGCUCAAGAGAUCCGACGAAGGGUUGACGAUGUCUUCGGAGCAAUCGAUGAAAGUGAUGAGGAUGACAGCAGUAUGGCAGAUCUAGAGACAGAAAUCUUUUAG